GGUGGGGACGACAGUUAGAACGGAGGUGGGUUACCAUAAACAAGGGAAAGGGUUCAUGAAAGAGCGAUGGGCAGACGUCACUUCGAGGUGGAGCUGUCACCGGAUUUCUUAGGAUUUUCUAGGCGGGAGGGACGUUAAUUACAUGGGCAGAGUGAAAUUAACGAUCUAACUUGCUAACUCGUCCUUCCCACUUCCCGUGGUGUGGUAGGGUGAGGAGUGUCCAGCACGAGCUGGGGCAGGAGGGGCAGAAGGGCGAGAGGAAAAAGGCAAGAGAAGAAAGGCGGGAUCCUUACUCCUACCCGGCUCCAAACUCUCAGCCUGCGUGCGGCCUGAGGGCGCACAGGAUCCUUUUGCGGGGCGCAGGACUCGGCCGCGUCCGCAGGAGUGACCAUGGCUGCGCCGCAGGCACUGUUUCUCCUCUGCUUCUUUCUGCCUGGGGCCCUGCUCUCAGAGGCCGCCAAAAUCCUGACUGUGUCCCUGAUUGGUGGAAGCCAUUAUCUACUGAUGGACCAGGUGUCUCAGAUUCUACAGGAUCAUGGUCAUAAUGUGACCUUAUUUCAACAGGAAGGACUUUCUUUGUUGUCAGAUUUUAAAGAGGAAAAAAAGACAUACCAAAUCAUCAAAUGGCUUCCGCCUGAAGAUUAUAAAAAAGAAUUUAUGAAGUAUUUUGAUUUCUUUAUUGAAGAAUCUUUUCAUGGCAGGGGAACAUUUGAAAAAUAUUUAAAGUUAAUGGAACAACUUGGGAUUCAUUGCAGUCAUUUGCUAAGAAGAAGGGAUAUCGUGGAUUCCUUAAAGAAUGAGAACUUUGAACUGGUAGUAGUGGAAACCUUUGACUACUGUCCUUUCCUGAUUGCUGAGAAGCUUGGGAAACCAUUUGUAUCCAUUCUUCCUUCCUCGUUCGGCCCUGUGGAUUUUGGGCUACCCAGCCCCCUGUCUUAUGUUCCAACAUUCCAUUCCUUGCUAACUGACCGCAUGGACUUCUGGGGACGAAUGAAGAACCUUCUGAUGUUCUUUGGUUUUUCUAUGAAGCAAAGGCAAAUCCACUCUCAGUAUGACAACACCAUCAGGGAACAUUUUCCAGAAGGCUCUAGACCAGUGUUGUCUCAGCUUCUACAGAAAGCAGAGUUAUGGUUUGUUAACUCUGACUUUGCCUUUGAUUUUGCUCGGCCCCUGCUUCCUAAUACUGUUUAUGUUGGAGGUUUAAUGGCCAAGCCCAUUAAGCCAGUACCACAAGACCUUGAGAACUUCAUAGCCAAGUUUGGAGACUCUGGUUUUAUCCUUGUGUCCAUGGGCUCCAUGUUAAGUACCUAUCAGACCCAGGAGAUUAUCAAGGAGAUGAACAGUGCCUUUGCUCACCUUCCCCAAGGAGUAAUAUGGAGAUACAAGCAUUCACAUUGGCCCAAAGAUGUGCAAUUGGCAGCAAAUGUGAAAAUUGUGGACUGGCUUCCUCAGAGUGACCUCCUGGCACAUUCUAGCAUUCGUCUUUUUGUCACCCAUGGCGGGCAGAAUAGCAUAAUGGAGGCUAUCCAACACGGUGUGCCCAUGGUGGGGAUUCCACUCUUUGGAGACCAGCCUGAAAACCUGCUCCGGGUAGAAGCCAAAAACCUCGGCGUCUCUGUUCAGAUAAAUCAGCUGAAGGCAAGGACUUUGGCUCUUAAGAUGAAACAAGUCAUAGAAGAAAAGAGGUACAAGUCUGCAGCCAUGGCGGCCAGCAUCAUCAGGCGCUCCCACCCCCUGAGCCCCUCCCAGCGACUGGUGGGCUGGAUCAACCACAUCCUCCAGACAGGUGGUGGGGCGCACCUCAAGCCCUAUGCCUUCCAGCAGCCCUGGCAUGAGCAGUACCUGCUUGACGUCUUCUUGUUCCUGCUGGGGAUCACUCUGGGGUCCAUAUGGCUUUGUGGGAGGCUAGGCCGCUGUGUGGUUCCAGGAAGCUAAAACAGACGUGAUGGGUGAUUCUAGGGCUGGGAGUGUUGGGGAAUCACUGGCUCUUGGGAGGCUUCCCCCAACACUGGCCACCCAUGGUGUUCUCCCAUCUCCUCCACUUGCUGGUGGUACUGCCAUUUGCUCCUUAUUGUUUUCGUCUCUGUUCUGAAAUCCUUACUCAGCACCCUCUGGCUUCUCGCCUAGUUCCUGUGUGAAUUGAGCCAUCUCCACUCAGACAUAAACCUUCACUAGCCAGCCAUGCCUUCCUUAUCACUCUCAUCUCCUAGGCAUAGUUCUCUGGCCAUUUCAUCUUUCUUGUCCAGUCCUUAAACUGGGAGAAAAUAUUUGUAAGACAUAUUUCAGACAAAAAAAUUGUAUCUAGAUCAUCUAAAUAACUCUUCCAACUUAAUAAUAAGACAAAAUCCCAAUAUAAAAAUGGGCCAAACGGUUUCAACAGCACUUCAUAUAAGAAGAUAUGCAAUGGCCAAUAUGCACAUGAAAAGAUAUUCGACAGCAUUAGUCAUCAGAGAAAUGAAAAAUAAAACUACAAUUAGUUACCAUAACACAUCUGCAAUGUAUACAAUUAAAGACUGAUAAUAUUAGUAGUUGGCAAGAAUGUAGAAUUACUAUUUGUACAUUCCUCUGUGGAUGGGAAAGUUAAACUGUACAAGUACUUUUGAAAAACUGCUCCACAGUUUCUUAAAGAGUUAAGCAUACACCUACUACUAUAUGACCCAGUCCGUCCUAGGUAUUUACCCAAGUGAAAUAAAAAUGUGUUCCUAGCAGUUUUAUUUGUAAUAGAUCCAGACUAAAAAACCAACCAACUAACCAACCAACCAAACAAAAAACAAAUGCCAAUCAACAGAUGAGUGCAUAAGGGAGUUAAGGCAUAUCCAUAAAAUAAACUACUGAUCAGCAAUAAAAAUGAGCAAACUACCAAACUACUGACACAUAAAAUUGUAUAGAUGAAUCUUAAAACCAGUGUGCUCAGUAAAAGAAGCCAGACACAAAAGAAUACAUCCUCAAUCAUUCCACUUAUGUAAAAUCCAAGAAAAUGUAAACUAAUUUAUGGCAACAAAAGCCAGAUCAAAAGUUGCACGGGACUGUGGGGUGAAGGAGGGUGGCCUGUAAAUGAGGUAACUGAAAUGUUCUGUAUCUUGAUUUCUGUUAUGGUUUUGUAGGUGUGUUCAUCUAUGAAAACUAAUGAAUCGUAUACUUUAAGUGGAUGUAGUUUAUUGUAUGCAAAUUAUACCUUAAUAAAAAUCUCUGUGGGCUAUGGGUGAUAUACCAGAAAGAUGUUUACCUGUGUUUUAUUGACUAUGCAAAGGCAUUUGACUGUGUAGAUCAUAACAAACUAUGGAUAACAUUGUGAAAAAUGGGAAUACCAGAAUACUUAAUUGUGCUCAUGAGGAACCUGUCCAGAGACCAAGAGGCAGUCGUUCAAAGAGAACAAGGGGAUAUGUGUGGUUUAAAGUCAGGAAAGGUGUGUGUCAGUGUGGUAUCCUUUAACCAUAUCUAUUCUGUCUGUAUGCUGAGCAGAUAAUCCGAGAAGCUGGACUAUAUGAAGAAGAAUGGGGCAUCAGGAUUGGAGGAAGACUCAUUAACAAUCUGCGUUAUGCAGACGACACAACCUUGCUUGCUGAAAGCAAAGUGGACUUGAAGCACUUACUGAUGCAGAUCAAAGACUACAGCCUUCCGUAUGGAUUACAUCUCAACAUAAAGAAAACAAAAA